UGCAGCCCGUGCGGGGAYAGCCCUGGCAGAGUUCGGUGCUGCUCGGCGCGGCAGUGCGCAGGCCCCACUAGGUAGAAUGUAAUUUCAGAUUGGACAAGCUUUGUGACCAUCAGCAAGAGAUUGAUCCUGUCAACAUUUCAGCUUCUUCAAGUGUAGAACAACAUAUAUCACUGUGGAGGGAGCACAAUGUCUGGAGAAGAGGAGCCACGGAGCUACUACGUGGGCGUGGAUGUUGGAACAGGCAGCGUCCGUGCUGCUCUCGUCGACCAGAGAGGGGUCCUUUUGGCCUUCGCAGACCAACCGAUUAAGAAGUGGGAGCCUCAGUUCAACCACCACGAGCAAUCCUCUGAAGACAUCUGGGCUGCGUGCUGUGUUGUCACAAAGAAAGUUGUACAAGGGAUCGAUUUAAACCAGAUUCGAGGACUUGGGUUCGAUGCCACAUGCUCUCUGGUUGUCUUGGAUAAACAGUUUCGUCCUUUGCCAGUAAACCAUGAAGGGGAUUCGCAUCGAAAUGUCAUCAUGUGGCUGGACCACCGAGCAGUCAGUCAGGUGCAUAGGAUCAAUGAGACGAAGCACAGUGUCCUCCAGUAUGUUGGGGGCAUGAUGUCUGUGGAAAUGCAGGCCCCAAAGCUUCUCUGGCUAAAAGAGAACUUGAGAGAGACUUGCUGGGAUAAGGCGGGACAUUUCUUUGAUCUUCCAGACUUCUUAUCAUGGAAGGCAACAGGUGUCACAGCACGUUCCUCGGAUCUAGAAUGUCUUCAGUCUCUCUGCUCCCUGGUAUGCAAAUGGACAUAUUCAGCUGAGAAAGGUUGGGAUGACAGUUUCUGGAAGAUGAUUGGUUUGGAAGACUUUGUUGCUGAUAAUUACAACAAAAUAGGAAACCAGGUGCUACCUCCCGGAACUUCUCUUGGAAGUGGGCUCACACCAGAGGCUGCAAAGGAGCUUGGCCUUCGCCCCGGGGUCCCGGUGGCAGCCUCACUCAUUGAUGCCCAUGCCGGAGGACUAGGAGUGAUUGGAGCAGAUGUGAGGGGUCAUGGCCUCAUCUGUGAGGGACAGCCAGUGACGUCACGGCUGGCUGUCAUCUGUGGAACAUCUUCUUGUCACAUGGGGAUCAGCAAAGACCCAAUUUUUGUACCAGGUGUCUGGGGGCCUUAUUUCUCAGCCAUGGUCCCUGGGUUCUGGCUGAACGAAGGUGGUCAGAGUGUCACUGGAAAAUUGAUAGACCACCUGGUGCAAGGCCACCCUGCCUUCCCUGAAUUGCAAGCCAAGGCCACAGCCAGAUGCCAGAGUAUAUAUGCAUAUUUGAAUAGUCACCUGGAUCUGAUUAAGAAGGCUGAGCCUGUGGGUUUCCUCACUGUUGAUCUGCAUGUUUGGCCAGAUUUCCAUGGCAACCGGUCUCCCUUAGCAGAUCUGACACUAAAGGGCAUGGUCACUGGAUUGAAACUAUCUCAGGACCUCGAUGAUCUUGCCAUCCUCUACCUGGCCACAGUUCAAGCCAUUGCUUUUGGGACCCGCUUCAUUAUAGAGGCCAUGGAGGCAGCAGGGCACUCCAUCAGUACUCUUUUCUUGUGUGGGGGCCUGAGCAAGAAUCCUCUUUUUGUGCAGAUGCAUGCAGACAUUACUGGCAUGUCUGUGGUCCUGUCGAAAGAGGUGGAGUCUGUUCUUGUGGGAGCUGCUAUUCUGGGUGCCUGUGCCUCCGGGGAUUUCACUUCUGUGCAGGAGGCAAUGGCAAGAAUGAGCAAAGUUGGAAAAGUUGUGUUUCCGAGACUUGAGGAUAAGAAAUAUUAUGACAAGAAAUAUCAAGUAUUCCUGAAGCUGGUUGAACACCAGAAGGAGUAUUCAGCAAUCAUGAGUGGGGACUGAACCGACAGACACCAAUGCCAUUAGGACCUCUAUCCUUGCAUCUUACAUUCAAGACCCUUUAGGUAUCAUCUCAUCAUUUCUGUAUUGUCUUCUAAUAAAAAUUUGGAUAUGUGCAACCAGAACUGGAAUCUCCCAUUUCAAAACACCACUCUUAUCUAGUUUGCACUUUCUGUACAGGCACUGUAUGCCAGAAGUCUCAUGUGUGGUUAUAAGAUCUCACAUAGGCUAGAACCUGGAGACCAUUUAACCCAGGGGAGACUUGUACUUAAUUGAUUCUAUAACAUACAGUAAAUGAAAGACAUUGCUUUAGAUAGAACAUUAAUGUAUGUUCUCUGUUCCUUAUGGCAUUCUCCUUCUUACAUAGGAUACUGUCUAGGGUCAAAUAUUGCUUUCAAAUGCAAAAUCAUCAUUUUGCAAUCAUUAUAUUAAAGAUAGGGAUAGGCAAGGAUCAUCAAUGGAUCCAGGAGGAAAUUUUGAUGAGUAACAGGAUGUAUGCAUGUUCUUAAAAUGUCUCUUCACAGAUUGUUUAUUAGUUACAAGAGGAAAAAGAAUGUUAAUGAUAUAGGGAAGAAACAGGACAACAUCUUGAUUGGAUGAUCCAAAUUAACUUCAGAUGGGCAAAUAGACAUGAUGUGCCUCCAGAUGUGAUAGCAUGGAAAGAAAUGGCAUCACUCAGACUGGGAAUGCACAGACUGAAUCUAAUCAUAAAGAAAUAUCAGAAAAACCCAUCCUGCAUUCUGUUUUCUUUAAUGGACUAUAUUCUUCAAAAAUGACUAUGUCAUAAAGAAAAAAGCUAAGGAAAGUUUCCAGAUUACAACAAACUAAAUAAACAUGAUGGCUU